UUGGGCACCGUUCUCAAAAUUAAUCGACUCCACUGCCUAUAAUAAAAUCACGUGCGCCAAUAAGAGCAGAGUCGUUCUUCCGGGGAAAAAUAUAGAAGAAUAUAUCAUCAUCAAAGACUCGACUCUUGCCGGAUAUAGAGGUCGCAAUAAGAUACCCAUGGAAGUAUUUUUCGAGAACUACUUUGAUGGGAAAAUCGAUUUAAAGGGUGACGCGCUUGAGGCCUUGGAAGCCAGAUACGAUUGGGCUAGCUUCGGAUUCAGCAUGGGCCAAUUCAAAUUCUUCCUCACUCAGUGGGUCCCCGAGACUCUCUGGCAUUCCAGACAACAAGACAAAGACCAAAUUCGUGACACUUAUGAUCGUGGUGAUGACUUUUAUGCCGCGUUUUUGGGCAAGACCAUGGUCUACACAUGCGGUAUAGUAUCAGAUCCCGCCAAGAAUGAAACUCUAGAGGAACUCCAGGAAAAUAAAUUGAACCUCGUUUGCGACAAGAUUAGGUUGAAGCCCGGGGACCGUCAUUUGGAUAUUGGAUGUGGGUGGGGAACACUAGUUGCUCAUGCUGCAAAGAAUUAUGGAUCUGAUUCUGUUGGGGUUACUCUCGCGAGAAAUCAAGCCGACUUUGGGAAUGCAAGGCUUAGAGAGUGGGGCGUUGAUCCGAGCAAAGCAAGGAUUUUAUGUAUAGACUAUCGUGACACGCCAAAAUUACCAAAGUACGACAAGAUUACUUGUCUCGAGAUGGCCGAACAUGUCGGUGUUUUACGAUUCCAGACAUUCCUAUUGCAAGUGAGAGAGAUGCUGGACGAUGAUGGUCUGUUCUUUUUACAGAUUGCUGGAUUACGGCGGACUUGGCAAUACGAAGACUUUAUAUGGGGCUUGUUCAUGGCCAAAUAUGUAUUCCCCGGUGCUGAUGCUUCUUGCCCUCUGUAUUGGGUGAUUGAACAAUUGGAGAGAGCUGGUUUUGAAAUUCACGAUGUCGACACCGUUGGCGUUCAUUAUUCUGCAACUAUCCACCGCUGGUAUCUGAACUGGGUGAAAAAUAAGGCUUCCGUCGUCGAGAAAUAUGGGGACAAGUGGCAUCGCAUCUGGGAAAUCUUCCUUGCAUGGUCUGUCAUAGUUGCUCGGCAAGGAAGCUCGACGUGCUUCCAGAUAGUGGCUCACAAGAAUCUCAAUAGUUUUGAUCGCGCCAGUAUUAUAUCCAAAAGACUCACUGCCUUUUGA